UAAAUUCCAUAAAGUUUUCAAUUUCUACUACAUGUGUACCUAUUAGGCCAUUAUUCGAAUAAUGGUAUUUGAUUUGCAGUAUCCGGAUAGUCGUAAGUCGAAGACUAUCCGGUUAACCGUUCGUUGUCGACUAUUCGAAUAGUAUGAGUUUAUUUAUUUCUUUUUUUUUUGAAAAAAAGUGAAACUCACGAAAAACACACUCAAAUCAAAGACUGCUUGGAUUUUGAAAAAUUAUCAUUUCUUCAUUUACUCGCGGGUAAUAUUCAUAUGUUAAAAAUCGGAUAUUCGAAUAAACGGGUUUCGAAUAAUUUUAAGAGAGCUAGUACAUAUUCAUGCUUUACCUGUAAGAACAACGGCAAAAGUAAGUUAAUACAUAAAGUCGUCCGGUUUCUAAUUUAAAGGCAAUAAAAUAGAUUGUUUUAUGUGUAAUUCCCAUGUUAAUGAUGUUGUUUAAUGUUCCUGGAAAUUUAUGAUUAUAACAGUACUUUGCAAAAAGCCACAGUAAAGUACUUAAAAGGCCGCGCUAUUCUUAUCACACUUUCGUUGACUUCCGCCAGUAUAAAAGCCCUCGUUAACAAGCGAAAUGUUAGUCAAGCUUAUACUCAACUCUUCCGCAGUAAUGUUGGUAUUCUACGCAGUCGCGCUUUUAACCUUAUCUGCUUCGCAGUUACAAUGUACACCGGUUCAAAACGCCAACACUAAAUUAUUGAUCGAUAAACGGAACCUAAUUGAUCUAACAUGUUUCGGUGAACGCAUAUUCGGCAAUCCUGACAGAGCGGUUGGUGAAAAACUCUCAAAGCUCGAAGAGCACGCAACGCUGAAUCCAGAAGAACUUGGACCCUAUUUGGAGGGCGAUCUACUCAUACCGCAUGGCAAAAAAAUCAUCUACCGUAAUGGUCUGAUAGCAUAUAGCGCACGUUGGCCAAGAGGUAUUGUACCCUAUGAGAUAGAGGGACGCUUUACUGAGAAGGAAUUGGCGAUGAUUAACAAUGCCUUCAAGGAGUAUCACAGCACGACGUGUGUGCGCUUCAAACCACGCUCCACCGAACGCGAUUAUAUUGCGAUAACGGGCGAUAGUACCGGUUGUUGGGCGAGUGUGGGUCGCUUGGGUGGCAAGCAGGUUGUGAAUUUGCAGCCUGCUCUCUGCUUUCGUCAUUACGGCACAUCGAUGCAUGAGUUGAUGCACGCCCUCGGCUUCUUACACGAACAGAAUCGACCCGAACGCGAUAGUUACGUACGUGUGCUGAGUCAGAAUGUUAAAAAUGGUAUGAUGGCCAAUUUUGAAAAGGGUUCAUCGACAGAGCAAUAUGGUUACGGUGUGCCCUACGAUUAUGCCAGUGUCAUGCAUUACUCGAAGACAAGUUUCUCGAAGAACGGGAAGCCGACCAUUGAGGCGCUGAAACAAACGAGCGAUGCGCGCUUGAUGGGUCAACGGAAUGGUUUCUCCAAAGGUGACAUUGCAAAACUAAAUGCUAUGUAUAAAUGCCGAGUUUAAACGCUCUACAAUUAAAUAAAUUUAUUUAUUUUUUAUUAAAAUAUGGAUUUAUUACAUUUCUAUAACUACAAUCAAUAAUGUCAAAUAAACGUAUGC